UUCAAGUUCAAAUCACCAGGUGAGCUCAGGUAUCCCUUUUCCCUGGAAAUUGUAGUUGAAGCCCGACAUCACCAGGUGCAAGUUUCUGCAACAAGUUGUUCACGGAAAUCAGCAAUUUUGUGGAGCUUACAUUGGCAAUGGAUGCCCAUCAGAAGCCUGACGUUCGCGACGAUAACGCAACCGAGGUAGCCAAGCCGCAACAUGACAUCGCUACUGAGAAUGUAUAUGCUAUGCCAGAGCUAAUGGCUGCUGCUAAUCACUCUCUUACUGGUGAUGAUACACUCCAGCAAGAAGAAUUGCAUCUAGAAUCCACAAACAGCGAUGCAACGAGCUCACUACAUGUAUCUGAAGAUCUCCAGGUGACGGAGCAGUGCCCAAUUCUGCAUGAACUGGAUAGUGUUUCAUUUGACGUGUGGCAAGAUACAUUAUUGCCAAUGUUGUCCAUUCUGGACAUCUUUCUGCUGUGUGGAGUUUCGAGGAAUGUUAAGAAGCUGCUGCUCAAUGAGUACACGUUUAAGCGUCUAUGUCAGAGGCGGUAUCAUCUCAGUCCUAACUUGGAAAUGUCGUAUAUUCGAGCUGCACGAAUUCUCUACAUAGCAGACAGUGUGGCUAGUAUGCAUCAUAGCCCGUGGGAGAGCAUAAAUGAUUUGCUUGUCGAAAGGGCUAAUCGCCGGGUUUUCGACCAUAAGGAUACAUUGCUAAAGCAAUUAUCGACUCUGGCGUUGAUGGCACCUCCAACUGCGGGUCACAUCACAAGCUGGACUUUCUCUUGUUUGCAGAGUGAACUGGUCAAAGUCGAGUUCUUAUCUGUAGAUGAAGCGUGUGAAAUUCUUCCAAACGUUUCGCGGAAGUUGUUUGGGCCAGAUUCAUCGGAUUCAGACGAAGGCAUGAACACGGAUGAAUAUAGAAUAGAAGAUUUGGUUUCUUUGCUUCUAGAAAAAUGUGGCUCUAUUGAAGAGAACCAAGAAGCCUUGAUCGAACAUUUGCAACGCGAUAUCUCAACGCUAGAAUCAUACUUGCCCUAUGUGUACCGAUCGAGAAGGCUUGUUGACAUUGCAAAAUGUUUUUACAGCAUUGCAAAGCACGACAAAAGUGUAUUCACCUCCCUGGGCACAGCAUGGUUAUGGGAAUACCUUUAUGAGCAAUGUCUGCAGAUUCCAAUCCCUUCUGUAUGGACGUAUAAUCCUUUCGUUCAUUGGAAUUUCGUCGAGGUGAGGAGUUAUGAUGAAGACGAUGAUGAGAUCGGGACUAGACAUUGGAUACACGCCAUCGGACAGAUCGCAACCAAACAUUCCGUUCUCAAGCUGCUGAUAAUGGGAAUAAUGCGGACGGUUCAUGUCGAGGAUUAUUUCAUGGCUGUCAUGGAGUAUGAAGAGUUCUUGAAAGGAUUGCCAAAGUCCAGUAUCCCUGAUCGUGCAACUCUCUACCUACAUUUGGGAAGUUACCUACAACCUGCCUUACAAGGAUCACAUUCUAGAACAGAAUGGACAGCAGAUGAAUUGUUCAAAGCCAUGGAGGGCUAUGGCAAGUUGUUGGCUACGAAAUGACUCGAAGCCACGUCAUGAAGAAGAAGGGAUGAGGAGAAUAUCGGAGCAGCUGAGUGCCAGUAUCACAACAGCCAUUGCAGUUUUGUGCCCCCAUGGUCAUGAUUUCUGGACACGGGUGCAUUGCUAAAGAUGUGUGAAUGUUUCAUUUCGUCACCUUUUUUGUUAACCACUGUCAUUUUGAGGGGGUCUCUGUAUGUGUGGAACUAGCUGUAAUAUGAAUGCUAGGUUUGAAAAAACUGUUAGCGUUGGUAAAUGUACGAACAACACCAAAUUCUGUAAACAUUCCGACCGGUUCAGUAAUGUCAAUUUCGAUCUUUCUCCGUUUAGGAUCAUUGUAACUGUUCAUUUUCCUGUAAUAAAACAUUGUUUCAGGUAUUAUGUAUAGCUACACGCAAGCCAUGGACCUUGUCUCUGGUAAACCAAUCCGUGUCUUUUCAAGUUUUCAUUGCUUAAAGCUGCUUUCUUUUUCAUA